AUGUCUGAGUAUUCCUGCAACUAUUAUAGUGACUACACCCAGAGGACGGAGAAAUCCGUGAGCUAUGCCCUCUAUCUGCAUCGCAGGGAGCUGGGGCGCCCCAGGCGCAAGAUGAUGCGAAUCGCGAGCACCAAGCUGCAGCUGACAAAUGAGCUCAUCCAGCUGCAGCAGCGUCGCCAAUGGGAGACGGCCUUUGACCCGGAGUUCGACGCGGAGGCCAGUUCCCAGCAGAUGAGUGCCCUGGAUCGGGAACGGGAGUAUCGCGACCGACUGCGCACCAAUAUGCAAAGGCAGCUCGAGAAGCAGCAGAAACGCAAGCGAAAGUAUCUCCAGGAAAUCGGCAAGCUAUAA